CCUAAUAUUUCGCAAAGCUGAAAUUUUAGAUGUGUAUAUAUAUAUACAUAUUAUGAUAUGUAUCGUUACCGAACGUGCUCAAGUAUUCUCACUCGCGAAUCCGUUGUGUGAGAAACGCAGAUUCGAUUGAGAUUCGCUGUCAUUUUUUCCUUGACAUUUCUGCGUUGUAGAUUGUAGAGUACAUAGUACAUCUCGAGUGCGUCUCUAUACAGUCUCCGGCGGCGGCGGUUCGCCUGGAAUUAACAUCUGUAUGCUACAAAUCUUCCCGAGUUGACAAAAUGUUUUCGAGGAUGUUGCGAAAGCCGUUGAUCGUUACGAUUAAGAAAAGUUCUACCCGCUCGCGAUACUUCAAUACCUGGCAAAGGUGUAACUUCUCCUCCCAGAGAAUACCCCCUGAUUUGAAGGAGAAUCAGAGGAAGACCGUUACAUCAUUUCCACCGUUGUCAGAACCCAUUCCAAAUUUGCCAAAAGCUGUUUACUCGACCACGAAAGAGGAGCAUCAAACGACGCAGAUCACAGUCCUGCCAAAUGGCUUGAAAGUCGCGUCUGAAAAUAGAUUUGGACAAUUUUGCACUAUAGGUGUCCUCAUUGACUCGGGUCCGCGAUAUGAAGUGGCAUAUCCCAGCGGCAUCUCGCACUUUCUUGAAAAGUUAGCAUUUAGUUCUACAAACACAUUUGACAGCAAGGAUAAGAUAAUGCUAGCGCUAGAAAAGCAUGGCGGUAUAUGCGAUUGUCAAGCGUCUCGCGACACAUUUGUCUACGCAGCAUCGGCUGAACGUCGCGGGUUAGAUAUAGUUACUCAAGUUCUAGGUGAUAUUGUCUUAAGGCCUCAAAUUACAGAAGAGGAGGUACAAAUUUCCAGACAAACGGUGCACUUCGAACUGGAAUCUUUACAUACUAGGCCAGAACAAGAGCCUAUAUUGAUGGACAUGAUUCAUGCUGCCGCGUAUAGGCAAAACACAUUAGGUUUGCCCAAGAUCUGUCCAGAAAAGAAUAUCGAAAGGAUUGAUAGGAAAAUUUUACACACAUAUCUCAAGCAUCAUUAUGUGCCGAAUAGAAUGGUAGUUGCUGGAGUUGGUGUUGAACAUGACGACCUGGUCCACGCCGUUACUAAGUAUUUUGUAGAUCAAAAACCUAUCUGGGAGGAACAGCCUGAUCUUAUUCUGCCAAAUAACGCAAAUACUGUCGAUAUGUCGGUCGCACAAUAUACUGGAGGAUAUGUUUUGGAGGAAUGCAAUGUGCCGAUUUAUGCGGGACCCAGUGGCUUACCCGAAUUAUCACACGUUGUUAUAGGUUUAGAAGGCUGCUCUCAUCAAGAUCCAGAUUUUGUUGCUAUGUGCGUAUUAAAUAUGAUGAUGGGAGGCGGUGGCAGUUUUAGCGCGGGCGGUCCUGGAAAAGGCAUGUACACGCGUUUGUACACCAAUGUGUUGAAUAGGUAUCAUUGGUUAUACAGUGCAACCGCAUACAACCAUGCUUAUGCAGACACUGGUUUAUUUUGUAUUCACGCCUCAUGCACACCGUCCCAUGUGAAGGAUAUGGUAGAAGUAAUUGUGCGCGAGAUGGUCGCCAUGACGAGCGGAAUUUCGGAUAACGAAUUAGCGAGAGCAAAGAAGCAAUUGCAGUCGAUGCUGCUUAUGAAUUUGGAACAACGGCCCGUUGUAUUCGAAGAUAUUGGUAGACAGGUCCUAGCGACUGGUACCAGAAAACGGCCUGAAUACUUCAUGCAAGCUAUUAAUGGAAUAUCCAAGGAUGACAUCAACCGAGUAGCGCAACGUUUAUUAAAAUCACCACCUUGCUUAGCAGCACGUGGCGAAGUAAAGGCUGUACCUUCCAUGGCGGACAUUCAAAACGGCUUGCUUGAUGCACAAGGUCGGUUACCCGGUUCUCGCAGCAGACUGUCACUUUUUCGUUAAAAACUUAUAUAAGAUAUUCGAACUACCUUCUCAUCCUAAAUAAAUGUCAGUUAUCCACAUCCAGUUAUACAUUAAUGUAACACCGAACGUUCGAUCUCAAAUUGAGUUGAAUCCCGAAAAUAUGAUACGAGAUGCAUCGUGUUUCCGCUGUCGAACAAAAAUUCUGAUUACUAAAAUAACUGAAUUUUCUAACAUUAUAACGAGACUAUUAAAAAUCGUAAUAUUAGAAGAAAUAGUAUUAAUGUCGAAGAUUUUAAUAUAUAAUAUACAAUAUGCAAAACGCUCCUCAUGUAUAUAUUAUACUAGAUUUUGUAUAUACGAUUCAAGAGGGUAAAGUUAAUAAAUUAGAGAGAAAUAAUUCGUUCGUCGUUCAACAGCACGAAAGAAAGUAAAAGCUGUGCCAUUAAUCAGAAGCGUAAUGCAAGAUACACAAGAUUGAUCUUAGAGAUUAACCACGCACAAACUAUGGCGUUCGAUAUUGGGUUUCUACAGCAAAAUCAGACGCAUGUAAAAACGACUUGAAUUUUUAUAAACAACAAAAUUAGAGUCUAGAUUAAUCAAAUUUCUGAUUAGGUUAAUUUGUAUCUUGGUGAUAACUUGUUAAAAAUAAAUUUUAUUUGUAUAAAUUA